AUGGGUCGUGAUUUAAAAGGGUUGACUAUAUGCUUCGUUUACUCUUCAGACAAACAUUAUCCGGGAUUUGAAGAUUCUCAAAGUCUUAUUGGCAUUGAAGUUAGAAAUCUUACCAAACAAACUGCUUUGCACACCAAGAUAGCAAUUGCCUCCUUAAAAACUUGGAAAAGACCAAGUCUUUGGCAGGGACAAUUGUCAAACGAUGUGCUCCGUUUGCAAGGCGGGGACCAAGUCUCCAUUCUUGUAAGGCCUGAUGAUGUUGAUUUGGUGAGAGUGAAGAAGACAGGGGAGGAGUUGAUGAGUCCAUUUCAAGAAAUUGUUGUCACUGAGACGAAUGGUAACCAUACUGAGCUAGCCAUUAAUGUUGAUGGAGGAAGAAGAAGCCAUGAUGAAGCAGAGAGAAAUUGCAAUCUUGAUUUCUAUAUAUCUUAA